AUGAUGCUCAAUGAGGAGCUGGACGACAACCAUGCAGAGGAGCAGUAUAGAAGAAACAUCGAUGAGGACGUUGAGGGAGAGCAUCUUAUCACAGGCCCGUCUGGUCCAGUCCCACUUACAGCUCCUCCCUACAAAUGCCCUUUGCGCACAUUCGGUGAGGAGUGUGCGAGUUUCGGCCACGAAGUUGCCAAAGGGGAGUACAUAUGGAAGCUUACUCAAAUGUCUUGGCUCCGAACUGCCAUUGAGCAUAAUUGCACUGGCUCUCCGGAAUCUGAUCUUUUUCAGGUUGGGGCAUACAGUUUCCUCUUUAUCUACAAUCCCCAUGGAGGCUUUAUCGGGUUUGAUCAGGCAGCGGGGCAGAGUCAGCAUGGUUGCAUUGCCAUAAUGCCACACUACACAACCGAUGCUUUUACUUUUCGCUACAGCAUCUAUGCCAAGACGGGUGGUGGAGACUUCGUGCAAUGGGGCAAGACGAACGAAGAAUUCAAGCGCAGUUCGAUGUGCAAAUCAUAUGGACCGGACGUGCAUCCAGAACGCUCUCCUCCUGCCGCAACUGGACUCUUCGGCCUGUCACAUGAACAGCUGCUGCAAUCGGAGUGGGUACAGGACGACACUUUGACUUUGAAGUUCGUUUUGGAAGUCCUGCCUCAGCGGUCUUAUUCCUCCCAGUCUUUUGCUAGAUCUGUUGUGGAUGUUCCAGAACCGACCCUGUGUCGCGACACACAGGCUCUACUCGAGGAAGCUAGUUGCAGCGACGUGGAUUUCAGGCUACAGGGGGAAGUUAUCCACGCGCACUCCCAGGUUCUCUGUGCGAGAUCGGAAGUGCUCAAGAAGCAGCUGAAUUCAGGCAUGCGGGAGUCCGCUUCCAAGGUCAUCACGAUUGAAGAUUGCGAUGCGGCCACCUUCAAAGCCUUCUUAAACUUCUUGUACACUGACAAGCUUCCGACAGUCGAAGACCUGGCAGAGCCAUCGCGCCAAGCUGUGAAACAAGACAGCAGCCGGUGCGCUUCACCGAUGGAGGCAUUGUGGGCGGUCAGCCACAAAUACCAGGUAGAACGGCUUCAGCGGUGGUGCGAAGCACAGCUUUGCAAACAGCUCAGCGCGGAGCAGGUCUGCAGCGUCCUGCGCCAGGCACAUGUUUUCGAGGCCGUGAAGCUCGAGAAGGCUUGUCUAUCCUACAUCAAAGACCAUGCUACGGAGGUGCUUAAGCUUGAGGCCUAUGCUGACCUCAUCAGCACAUGGCCUGAGGUUGCAAUGAAGAUUCACCUCUUCUCAACUGGUGUGCCAGAUGCCGAGGCAGCUGCGAUCGUGCGGGCCCGUAAGGUGCGUAGGUUGGAAGAUGGGACAGAGAAAACUGCAUAG